AUGGAUGGGGGGUUGAGGCGAAGCACCAUCGUCUUCUGUACAGGUGCCGUCUAUCUGGAAGGAGGGUCCAGCUUGAACGCCGGAGGAGCAAACUUUACAGGCAACUCCGCGGACAUCUAUGGAGGUGCCGUGCACGCCCAGGACGCCUCAACGGUAACCACUCAAGAUGGCACGACCAACACCUUCCACGGCAACGCCGCCCGGCUAGGAGGUGCCAUCCACACCCAAGACAACUCCGACGUGACCUUCGGGGACGGGUUCGUGUCUCUGUCUAGCAACUCCGCACAGUUUGAAGGAGGUGCCGUUCAUCUGGAGCGGGAUUGCACCGUGCGGACGGUGGGGGCUACGUGGUUCAUCGGCAACGAGGCGGGGAACAGCGGGGGCGCCGUGUGGGCCUUCAACGGGUCGGAGGUGGUCAUUACCGGGGCCACUUCUUUCAUCGAAAACACCUCGCAGAACUACGGCGGUGCUGUAAUGGUGACGGAGGGCGCAGCGGUGCGCACCCGAGGCAACACGACCUUCUCCAACAACUUUGCGUACAACGACGGAGGCGCUAUCCAAUCGGAGUUUUCUUGCAGAGUUCAGAUUGCGGGGCGGACCUCGUUUUCCAACAACACCGUGGGCAACUUCGGAGGGGCGAUCAAUGCGCACGAUGACGUCAUCAUCACGACGGUGGGCGAAACUUCGUUCGUCGGCAAUACGGCGGAAGAAGGAGGUGCAGUGUACGCCGCCACCGGCGUCACCGUCGCCCUGUCCGGCACCCAGCUCUACGAGAACAACUCGGCCGCGAGCAACGGAGGUGCAAUCCGCCUCUCAUUCGCGGCAUCGGUGAGUAUCACCGGCCAGUCGGCCUUCCACGACAACUCUGCCCCUGACGGGUCUGGGGGCGCUAUUUUCUGUUCCAGCGUUCCUCAGGCGACCUUCAAGAACGCCAACUUUACGCGCAACUCCGCUCUCUGGGGCGGCGCCGUGGCGCUGUUCUCCUCCGGCGGCUCGGCCUCCUCCUCGUCCUUAUCCUCGGCUUCCGGUUCGACGUCGGAAUCCCGGGAGAUCGCCAUCUUGACGAGCAGCAGCGGCUACGACCCGGAAAACCUGACGCCUUCUCUCACCACAACCGCGGGGGGCGGCACUACGGUGACGUCACUGCUUGCGGCGGAAUCCGAUGGCGCCGACGACGAUGGCGAGGGGGGCCCUAGCACGACGGUGAAGUUUCUGGACUGCUUGUUCGAGAGCAACGGCGCCUCAGAAGACGGUGGAGCCUUGUACUCGGUGGCGAGCUUCGACGUCAUCCGGGGCUCCAACUUCUCACAUAACAGAGCAACCGCGUCCGGAGGCGCCCUCGUCCACGCGGGUGUGAUGGAGGAGAUCUCCGACACGACCUUCGUAGGAAACGCGGCGGGUAACGAGGGUCCCGCGGUGCUCAGCCUCGGCCUUCUGAGUUCCAUGGAAGGGGUCACGUUCGACGGCAACGACUUCUACUGCGAGGAGGGGGAGUUCGGCACCGAGACUCUGAUCGACAAGGACCUGUUCGGGGGUGCGGACCAGUGCCGCUUCAGACGCGUGUGCUCGAGGUGCGCGAGCGAGUGCGGCAGCGAGCUCGAGAGGACGGCGGAAUUGGUGGACGCCGAUACACUCCCGACGUGCGAGACGGCUCCCGAGGGGUCGCGGACCACCAGACGGGGCGCUACCCUAGCGACGCUCGAAGUCCUGCCCGGGUUCUACCGAUCUUCGGAGACGAGCACGGACAUCAGGGAGUGCUUCCACAAGAAGGCGUGCGACGGCGGUAGUGCCAUCGGGACGUACUGCUCGGAGGGGUACAUCGGUCCAUAUUGCGCCGUGUGCGCGGCCGGGUACUCCCCCGGCUACUCCCGCACCUGCAAGUCCUGCAUGGGGAACAGCAAGAAGAGCGCGCUAGUUUUCGCCGCGGCUAUCGGACUUCUUGCCCUGGCCGCGGUAAUGGUCCUGGUCUCCAGACUCGUGUCUGUCGUCGAGGUGGGCCCGCGGCAGCAGCAGCAGCAGCAGCAGCAGGGGAGCAAGGGUUGGAGGCGGACGUGCUCGGCGUUGCAGGCGCGCGUGAGGCAGACAGUGCCGCUGACGGCGGUGAAGAUUGUGGUUGUCGUGUGGCAGAUUGUGACACAGUACUCCGACGUGGCCGGCAUCGAGUACCCGGGCGCGUACCAAGACUUCCUGUCGGUGGUCGACGUCGUCAACCUCGACCUCGGCUUCAUCCUCUCCUUCGCUUGCGUGUAUGACACCAACUUCUACGACAGGCUGCUGAUGGCGACGAUAGGGCCCGUGCUGGUGCUCGGCCUCCUGGGCUGCACGUACGUGGUGGCCCGUCGUCGUAACCGACACUGCGAAGAGGCCAUGCGCGACGUUCAGCGCCGGCACCUCUCCGUGACCCUCUUCGUCAUGUUCGUCAUCUACGCCGCCGUCUCCUACACCAUCUUCGAGACCUUCGUGUGCGACACGCUGGACGACGGGAACUCCUACCUCCGCGCUGACUACUCUUUGACCUGCGACACCCCGCUCCACACCGCGUACCGGGUGUACGCCGGGCUAGCGGUCCUGGUGUAUCCCGUGGGCAUCCCGUGUAUUUUUGGCUGGUGGCUGUUCAAGAACCGCCACGAGCUGAAGCAGGAGGACCGCGAGGGCCAGGCCGAGCUUAGGCCGGCGGCGGACCUGUGGGAGCCGUACAAGCCGAGCGCAUACUACUACGAGGUGGUUGAGUGCUUCCGGCGUAUCGCCCUCACCGGGUUCGCGGUCUUCAUCUACCCGGACAGCUCCGCACAGGUGGCGAUCGUUCUACUCCUCGCAGCAGUCUUCAUGGUGGUGUCUGAGAUCCUGUCGCCCUUCGCCCGGCCCGUCGAGAUGUGGCUCUACCGCGCCGGACACUACGUGGUCUUCGCAAGCAUGUACCUGGCCUUGCUGCUGCGGGUGGAUGUCUCCGACGAGCGCGACCAGAGCCAGGAGGUCUUCUCCGGAGUAAUCGUGAUGGCUCACGUGGCCAUGUUCCUGGUAGUCGUGGUACAGGGCCUGCUCAUCUUCGUCGGAUGGGACGGCCUGGUGGACGCUCCGGACGUCCUAGUGGGGCGCGAAGUGGCCGUGUCCGCCGCCACCGCCGACGCCAACGACAACGUCGACUUCUGGGGUGUCGCGGGCUUCGGAUCGAGGGGAGGAAGCACCGACGACGGGAGCAACGAAAACCCCGGCUUUCUCGGCGUAGCUGCCGCCGCUGCCGCUGCCGCCGCUGCCGCCGCCGCCGACACCGGCACAUCGAGCGGCGGCGCCGUCGUGAAGGGGAAGGCGGCGGAGGGCGGCGGCGGUGUCGACAAGGCUAACAAGAAAAGGCGGGAGACCUGGGAGCGCCCGCUGCCGAACGCCAGGGACAGCUUCUUUUCGAGCGCGAGGCAGCCCGGUCUCGAGGAGGCGGCGGCGGCGGCGGCGGCGGGCGCCACCGGCAAGGGCGGCCGUGACAACGCGGCGAGAUUCACGAGCGCUCCGGGGAGAUCGGGUCCCAGCGGCAGCAGUGGCGGCGGCAGCAGUGGCGGCGGCGGCGGCGUUGGACGUGGACGUGUCGCCGACGGCUGUUCGGCGAAGAGGGUUGUGCGGAUGUCCACGUCCUGGGCGUCCUCUGCAGGCGGGGAAGCGGGCAAGGGCCCCCGUCUCCUAACGGUGCCAACGAGUACGUCGUGGGCGCCCGGGGAGAACGGCGCAGCAGCAGCGGCGGCGGCGGUACACAGCAACAAGAUGGCGUCGAACAACACGUCGUCGUUGCCGGCGGAAAAGGGGGAAAAAAUCGACCAAGAAGAGACUAGGGGGAGCAGAAAAAAACCGCCGUCGCGCAGCAGCCAAAAGAAAAAUGGAGGAGGCGACGACCGUUCUCGAUCGGGCCAAGAUCCUCCGAGGAAAGAGAGGGACCCCAAAAGUCGGGUGGUGGGGGCAAACACGUCUUGGGCGUCCUCGACGGGCGGCGGGGGCGCAGCUCCGAAGGUGGGGGGCCCGCAGAAAGGAGGCCACGAUCGGUCGAGCAAAGCGGCGGGAGAGGAUGCCCGUUUACCGGUGGUGCGGGCUAGCGCUUCCUUGGCAUCCUCGACGGCGGCGGGGGGCGGCGCGGCUUACACCGGCAAGACGGUGUUCAAGACGAUGCCGGUGGGCCACGGGCAGCAGCCAGCAGACGAGCGGAGCAGAAAUCCGGCUGCAAAUACGCCGUCGAAGUCGCUGGGCCCGAACAAAGCGGGCCACGAGCGGUCGAGGAAAAAAGGGGGAGAGGACCCCGGAUACCCGGUCGUGUGCGCUAGCGCCUCCUGGGCAUCGGGGAGGGAGGACGGAGGCGGCCCUGCUUCGGCGACAUAUCUCAGCGAGACCGCGCUCAAGACGAUACCCACGGGGAUAGCAGUGCGGGCAGACGAGAGGGGCAGAAAGCCGGCUGCUAGGCCGCUGUCUCUGGGACUGACCAAAGGGGGGUACGACCGUUCUCUCUCCGGCCAGGAUCCUCCCACGAAGCCUCCGAAGUUCAGCGACCUGAUGGGUCAACGGACGACAAACAAGUACGCGGACGAUGGCGGUGACGCCGGUGGUAUCGCCGUUGGGAUGACCUCCUCGCCCCGUUUGAGCGCAGAUCCCGGUGCGACGUCAGGUGGGAUGCUAGCGCCCCCGAGGGACCACGCUUCCUCGGGUCCUGAUCCCGCACCCCGAGAGUCUGACGGAGGCGUUGUCCUUGACCGGGUAGGCUCGGCGGCGUCGUCGAAGCCCGAGCCGGCCGGAAAGAGAGGAGGGAGGGCGGCCAAAGGAGAGGAAGGCACCAACAAACAGGCCGCCGGCGGUGGGAGCGGGGGGCGCGGUCGAGGACACGGGGUACGACGGGAAUGGGAAAGCGGAACUGCUGCUGAGAGGAUCGCGACGAAGGUGUCGCCGCCGGGUGAUGUCGACAAGCUCUCCUCGUUGGGGGGCCAGGUUGGUCUGUUCGCGACGCAACCGCCACCGAACAAGACCGUGGGAGAAAACAUUCGGGUUUGGGAGUCAUCGUCCGCCGCCGCAACCAAAGGAGGGCGGGGCCAAGCUGCCGGACGAUCGCCCAAUGGCAGCCUCAACGCUCCUUCCUUCACGAGGGACUUCAGGUCGCUGUCGGGUAGCUCCUUGGGCGGCGAGUCGGGAUGGAGCUUCGGUGGCCUAGGGGGCGGUGGCGGCGGCGGCGGCGGUUUCGCGGGCAACGCGAAGCGGUCGUUUUUCCCGGAGCCGUUGGCGCCGCUUUGUUCUUCGCCGGCCGGUGCUGCCGCCGCUGCCACCGCGCGCGGCGAUACCACCAGCAGUGUGGUGAGUUCGAACACCCCCGCGAGCAGCCGCGUCGGCGGGGGCUGGCCGGCAGGCCUGUGGAGCCGCAACAGGAAAGAAAUCAUUGAUCACUACGGGAACGGGGGCCCAGAGAAGGCGUGGGGGGGCUCGGUGACGUCGAAAACGAGACCCACGCCGGCUGCCGCCGCCGGCCGGGGGAGCGGUCGAGGACACGUGGCAGGACGGGAACCAGAAAGCGAAACUACUGCUGCUGUUGCUGUCGAGAGGGUCGCGACCAAGAUGUCGCCACUGGGAGGUGUCCGCAGGCUGUUGCCGUUGGAGGGCCAGGUUGGUCUGUUCGCGACGCAACCGCUACCGAACAAGAACGUGGGAGGAAACAUUCGGGUUUCGGAGUCAUCGUCCGCCGCCGCAACCAAAGGAGGGCGGGGCCAAGCUGCCGGACGGUCGCCCAAUGGCAGCCUCAACGCUCCUUCCUUCACGAGGGACUUCAGGUCGCUGUCGGGUAGCUCCUUGGGCGGCGAGUCGGGGUGGAGCUUCGGUGGCCUGGGGGGCGGUGGCGGCGGCGGCGGCGGUUUCGCGGGCAACGCGAAGCGGUCGUUUUUCCCGGAGCCGUUGGCGCCGCUUUGUUCUUCGCCGGCCGGUGCUGCCGCCGCUGCCACCGCGCGCGGCGAUACCACCAGCAGUGUGGCCUGUGGAGCCGCAACAGGAAAGAAAUCAUUGAUCACUACGGGGAUGGGGAGCCAAAUGCCCGUACGGAUCGAGAAGCAGAUUGAGGACGAGUAG